AUGGAGUCGCCUCCGACCACAUAUCUCAGGGACAAUACCGAUGGGAGCGUCAACAUCACAGGAAUCUACGGUGAACUCUGGGACGCUUUAAAAGAGAUACUCAGCUUCACCGCCCGGUGCGAGCGGUCUCCCGACGGGACGUGGGGCACCUUCCGCGACGGCGCUUGGACAGGGAUGCUCGGGCAGCUGCUCAAGGGAGAGGGCGACGUGGCCUUGGCGCCCUUGGACAGGACGUAUCCGAGGUCGCAGGUCGUCUCCUUUGUGUUUGACCUCUCGAGAGAAUGGUAUGUCCUUGUCAUCCGCCGACCUGUGGGAUCGAGUAGCAUGUGGGACAACUACCUCAGGGAAUUCACGCCCUCGGCAUGGGCAGCGGUGGGCGGAUUCCUGCUCGUGACGUCACUCUGUCUGGUGGGCGUGACGAGAUUCUCUCCGGAAGAAACGCCCAUUUCAUUGAGCGACGCCGCCUUGGUUGUGCUUGCGUCGGUUUGCUAUACUGGAACUAGCUUCGCCUUCUUCAGCAAAUCCAACAGAAUCCUGAUCCUCACCAUUUUCCUCACGAGUGUCCUGGUCUACAACUUCUACACGACUUUCCUCAUCUCGACUCUCACGGUGAACAAGCUCAUUUUGCCUUUCGAGAACCUGCAAGAGCUCUACGAGAGGAGAACUUACUCGUUUGGUUUUAGCGGCGGGGGAGCUCUUGACAACUUCUUUAAGCUAUCGCCUCAACCUCUUUACCGCUCCAUAUGGGACGAGCUGAUCCUCCCUCGCCCGGAGAACCUGAAGCCCUCUUGGCUAGGACUGCAGCAGGUAUUGGAGGAGCGCCACGCCUACCUGAUCAACGAACUCUUCUUCCGUAGCAAGUACUUUCACUGCGGGUUCGUCAUCUUGCCCGGCCAGUACUUCCGUGUUCCCAAGUCGUGGGCGAUGCGGAGGAACUCGCCACUCUUUCCUGUUCUCAAUUACCACCUUCAAGCCUUAGCGGAAUCCGGCGUCCUCGUUAAACUCCGCAGAAAAUGGCUCCCCGACCUGGACGACUGUAGGACGGCGGGCGCCCAAGUCUUGGGACUGGCCAGCGUCAUGGCACCAUUUCUACUUUUGGGGGUGACGAUGGUGCUUGCCAUUGUUAUCGUGCUUAUCGAGCGUCGUACUUACAAGCGACGCCUGAGGAGGUAAA